AUGAUGCCUGUGGUGAAGUUUCAUCAGGGACUAGAUGCCCUGAAGACACAUGUCACCUACCAUCUCGUCUCUGAUCAUCGGGUCAUAUUGAGCUGCUGGACCCUGGGUUUCUACCCUGAUGAGAUCACCCUGACCUGGCACAGUGAUGAGGAGGAGGACCUGACCCAGGACACAGAGCUUGUGGAGACCAAGCCUGCAGGAGAUGGAAGCUUCCAGAAGUGGGUAGCUGUGGUGGUGCCUUCUGGAGAGGAGCAGAGAUACACAUGCCAUGUGCAGCAUGAGGGGCUGCCCAAGCACAUUAUCUUGAGAUGGGGGUCCUCUCCUCAGCCCCCAAUUCCCAUCAUGGGCAUCGUGGCUGGUCUGAUUGUCGUUGUGGUCACUGGUACUGUGGUGGUUGGAGCUGUCAUGGGGAGGAAGGAGAGCUCAGGUGGAAAAGGAAGGAGUUAUGCUCAGGCUGAAACUGUUCCUCUGAACAAACCCUGGAACCCCGCCCUGCUGGAACUUGGACAGAAGGUAGUGCACACACACAUAUGCACGUGCAUCUUCUGUGGAUGUAACAUGUUCCUGGGGAACAUGUUCCUGUGCAGCCAGGAGCACACCUGCAGUGGCCGGUCCAGCUGCGUCUCACACGGGAACCCCGGCCUCUGCCACAGGCACAGAGAUCACUGCUCACACCACUGA